AUGAGCACCGGCUAUGAUUUGGGUUCGCUUCUGGGCGUCGGUGGUCUGCCAGAACAGUUGAUGGCUGGUAGGUACAACGGGAGUACCAGUACAGUCGACGACGCUUCUCCCUUCGCCCUGUGCAUGCCGACUGGGGGUGAUGUCCUGGUGCAUGAGUUCCUUAGCGAUGUACUUAAUGACGAGCCACCUACUGAUGACGAUACUUCCGCCCUAGCGGGUCAGAAAAUGGCCCGAAUCGUCAGCUUUUUGGCUGCAGCGACCGACAAUCUGCGCACGACCAUAGCGGACGUGGACAAGGGAUCAUCGUCCACUUUGAAGAAAUUUGCGGAAACAGGCGCAUUUCAUCGGUCGGCAUGGGAGAAUAAGAAUAACGUACGCGUGACGGAGCAGGUCGACGGCAGCCUCCGGCUGGCGUUGGUCGGCUACCGCGCGGCUUGCUGUCCAAGAUCGCAGAUGGCAGUGGACGCCUGCAGCGCUAAGAAGCAUGAGCAGAUCAUGAAAGUUUGCAGGGAGUGGGAACCGGGAUGGGAGCCGGCUGGCAUCUGGACUCACUGGUCACCUGAUCACUUCCAGACAGCAGGGGAGGAAGUAGCGGGCAGCGAACCUUCACACUACUUUAGCGCACAGAGCGGGGACCGAUUCUCUUGGGCGGUCAUGACGAUCUCUUCCAUUCUAUCUGCUUGCGGAUGGGUGCCGGGGCUCGACCAGAAAGACUUAAAUAACGCCCGCGCCACCCUGCUGUUCGGCUUCGACGAGGACCCCGACAAGGGCCCUGACGAGACCCAUCGUCCCUCGAAGGACAACGCCGUCAAGCUCCUCUCGGUCAAGACAGGGGACGGUGUCCCGGCGGGGGCUGUGUGGCAGACGUCCGACCAAAAUGGCGACGGCGUUGCGCUGUUGAACAAGCUUGCAAGCAUCGAGGGGGACGGCGACGACGAGCAGGGGCGGAAAUUUGGUGAGGUUUCGAAGCGCGAGAUCAUGGCCCGGUGCAGAAAAUUCGGGAAGAAAAUGAAGGACGUGAACAUCUGGGGGAAUGUAACAUGGCACCAGCCCCCGAACGUCGAGAAGGUCGCGGCAGCUAUCGAAUCUUCGUCCAUUUCCACCGUCAUCGACGGGGAAUCUGGCUGGGCUGCAAUUGCCAAAGCGCUUCUUGGCGUAGAGAACGAAAGCACUUCGGGAGCAGAAACUGGAGCCGCAAGCACGCACGCGAAGAAAUGGUCAAAGAGGUACGAGUGGGGCAUCAUCAACGCUUAA